AUGGUAGAUCUAAAUGAAAAGAUCAAGCUCCCCAGCAAACCUCAUUUCGAGUACUUCAACAGCAAUCCACCUCGCUUAUGGGACUUUGAAUCCUUCAAAAAAUACAAAACAGCGCAAGCAGUUCAUCUACCGCGCAAUAAAAAAAUCAGAGCAAAUUAUGAAGAGGCAAUCCAGAAUAUCGUGAAUCUUUCUUAUAUCAGUAGCGAAAUGAAAGACUAUUUGGACGCAUUAUUAAACCCAGAAGUAAUACUAAAUGAAUAUUAUAAGCUAACAUGGAGUAUUAAUUUACUUUCCUUUAUGCAGAGCGAUAAAAAAAAUAAAGAAAAUAAUGCAGUGGUGAACCAAUAUAUCAACUAUAAGAAUGUUGUACUGCGAGGAUCCACUAAUGACAAUAUCAACGUGCAUAUUCACACGAUCAAAAGAAGAAGACAUAAUGAUGAGGAAGAGGAUCACAGUGGUGGCGAUAACGGUCCAGACGAUGAUGACUAUAUUGGUGUGGAUUCUCCUCAGCCAGGUUCUCCCUCACGCGCGGCGGAGGUUGAAGUGGAAGAACAUGAUUCGUUCCUUACGGACGAGACAGACCACACGUACCAAACUGAAGUUUCUAAUUAUUAUGCUGAAGUAUUGACAACCAGAAAAUACAUUAUGACAAUGAAGGAGGUCAACAUGAAUGAAUCAAAUACACAAGAAGAGUAUACUUAUGAUUGUAGUAGCUCCUUGUCUGAGAGAUUGUAA